AUGAACACGGAUGUAUUCACUAUAUUCCGUCAAAUUGUGAAUGACAAAGUUUUAAAACUAAUGGUGGAACAGACGAAUAUUUACGGCAGGCGUCUAAAAGAGAGAGCUUUAGGAGAAUUUAGUCGCAUAAAAAGAUGGACUGACGUAACAGAACAAGAAAUGUUAAAAUUCUUAGGAAUGGUGCUGUUCACUGGACUUGUCAAACUACCCACACUUGAGAGUUAUUGGAAGAAAAACCCUCUAUAUUUCCAUCCGCUCAUGCACAAUAUAAAUUUAUCCUAUAAUCGCUACUGCAUUUUACUAAAAUGUUGGCAUUUUGCUGAUAAUGAGGCUCCAAGAAAUGAUGAUGACAGGCUUUAUAAAAUAAAGCCACUUGUAGACCUGAUUAUGGAAAACGGCCACGCAAUAUACACACCAGGACGUGUUAUUGUUGUCGAUAAAUCAAUGGUGCACUUUCGCGGACGCCUUUGCUUUCGGCAAUACAUACCAUCUAAAGCUCACAAAUAUGGCGUUAAAAUUUACAAACUAUGUACAAUUGAUGGUUUUGUAUGGGAGUAUGAAAUCUAUUACGGUAUAAGCCAAAGAGUCUACGAUUUGGAUUUAUCGGGAAGUAUAGUCGCACGCCUUGCUGAAAACCUGCUAGAUGAAGGUAGGUUGAUAAUAACUGAUAAUUUUUACACCAGUGUACCUCUAGCCAAUUUUUUGAAGACUCGUCGUACUGAUUUGUUAGGUACAGUGAACAAAAUGCGAAGAGGCCUUCCGCAACAAGUUACUGGAAGUAAAUUGAAGAAAGGGGAGAUUGCAGCUAUGCAGAAAGGCAAUAUUACUGUGCUAAAAUGGCACGAUAAACGUGACGUUUUACUUCUUUCUACAUGCAAUGGAAAAUAA